GUUGCGGGAGGCGGCGCUAGUGUGUUGACCUCUCUCUGCCUCUCCUUCUGUCUCUGAACUGCUCCCGGCCACCGGCUUCUUGCUCUCUGCAGCCAUUUCGCCUUUUCUUUUCCGCGUUUGUCAUUUUAUCACGCGCGCGGCGGCUGUCUGGGCCAGACGCUCUCCACUUUCUCUCUGAACCGCUUCCCGCCUGUGUCUCAUCUCCUUGCCCCCUCCGGCGCAAGGGGCUCUGUCCUUCAGCUGCUUGUCGGUUUGAAACUUCUGUGGCGUUUUUCCAGGGCGAAUUUUCAUCGAGGGAGUCGAAACCGAGGAGGCGCUAACUGGAAACCGUGCAUCGAGAGAAUCCUCUGCAUGCGCCUCGGAGUGUGCAGAUGCCUCUGUGUUGUGGCAUCCUCAGACUUGUUCCUUCGGCUGGCCCCGCGACCGUCUGCCAGUCAAAUCGAGUCGACAGAGACCGUUCAGUUCUUCUAGAAGCUGAAUUUGUCACCAUAUGAAGUCCUCUGUGUCUGCUGUACACCGCUCCCCACUCUAGGCGCAAAACGGAACGCUACGCCACGAACGAAGUCGUGUGAUACACAAACGUCCACCUUCAUUUUUCUCCCCGACAGAUGUUCCGCGACGCAAGGAUCCUAGAAUGAUCGCCCCAGUCGGCGUCCCGGCCGCCUGAUCUCUUCUUUCCGUCUCUUUCUUCUGUCUCUCUUUCUUCUCUCUCUCUUUCUCCUCGCCUCUCUGUCUCUUUCUUCUCUUGUCUCUAUGUCGCUUUCUUCUCCAUUCUCUGUCUCCUGCUUCGGUCUGUCCAUCGCGCAGCGCUCCACUCUUCUCUCAUCCCGCCAGUCUCUUUCCCCUGCGAUUCGCUCGCAGUCUUCAUCUGGAGCCCAGAGAGAGCACUGAGACGGCGCCUACGCGCAAAGGCCGUCCUCUUCGUCUUUGUGCGCGCCUCCGCUUCUGUCCGUUCUGGGUCUGCCGUCUCCUCUACCCCCUGCAGCCUCACCAUGGCUGUCUCGGCGGCAGGUCCGGCGUCGCCGUCGAGGCAGAGGCCUGGCGUUUCUUCUCUCGCGACGUCGUCGCUUAUGGCCGUUCAUGUACUGAGCAUCGCGCGCACCCACGGCUACUGCAGUGUCUCGCGCGGCGAAGGAGGACCCCGACCUCUUCCUUGGGGAGAUCGACGAGAGAGGGGAGACAAGCUCGAGCUUCUUCUGUCUCUGCAGGAGACUCUCGUUUCGCCUGCGGCGGCCAAAGUCAUCGGAUCCAUGGUGCAGUUUCGUCUUGUUCAGCUGAUCAAGACGGCGAAGAAACUGAUGCAGCAGAGCGUCCGUGUUGCACAGGAGGGAGUUCUGACAGUCGGCGACGUUCACGAAGCGAUGAGCAUGCUCAAGAUGCCCCCUCUUCUCUCCUACAGCGGUCCGAGUACGUACCGCUUCGUUACCUCUCCGCAGGCUGGCGGCUUGAGAGAAAACCUCCACCUGAUUCGUCGAGAAACGCUUCGUCCUUUCGAGGGUCCCAGUGCACUCUGUUUCUCUUCGUCACCACCUUCUGCAGUGGACUCGGCGACGGAGGCUUCAGCAUCUGCGAGCGCGGCGGCGACGGUCGAAGGGAUGCAUGCGUUUUCGCGGCAGAGCGGAGAGAAGGCUGUGGGGUUUUCCCCUGUGGGUGCAUCGAGUUCGUCUCGUUUAAUCAACUUGAUCUACGCAGAUCUGAAGCUGCCGGCGCCGCGCGACGAAGCGCUCGCCAUUCACUGGAUGGCAGUCGCUGGAAGCAUCCCGCGCAUCCCUCAGAACGUCUUCGUCUCGUCUCCGCGAGACGCGCGGAGGCCGAGAAAGGCCGAGGAAGGCGAGAAUCCACACGCGUCGCUGGCCCUGCAGCUCUUCGAGGCCGAGAGGAAACGCGCGAAGCGCCGCCGCAGCGCAGGCGAUAAGCGACCUGACCGAGGCGGAGAAGAAGACGGAGACAGACGUGAAGAGCGGCUGUGGGGACGCACCGGAGAAAGGAAGACACGAGUCACUUUCUCGCGGGGAGACGAGGGAGACGACAGCUCAGAAAGAAGCUCGGAAGAAAGCGCAGAGGAGACAGAACGCAUGCCUGCGACCUGGCCCUUGCGCCUCGAGAGAAUCCUUGUCGCACCGCGGCUGUGUCAUGCUCUUGGAAAAGAGCACCAGCAGUUCCUUCAAGCCGUACGCGACACCCUGCAGGCUGCGGUGGAGGAGAAGCACGGCGUCGACUACGAGCGAAAUUUACGCAAAAUGCUGAAAAUCGUCAGUUCGAUCCCAGGACUCGAACAACUCCUCCCGUGCUUGGCGCGCUUCUUUGCUGUCGAGCUGGGAGCUUGUCUGCACUUGCCCCAUCGUGCGACUCCGCUCCUGCGUCUCGCGGAAGCGAUCCUAGCGAACCAUCAUCUUCCCCUCCACAGUCACGUUCACCAGUUUCUGUUGCCUCUGCUGGAGUGUCUGUUGCGGCCGCUGCCUCUGGCGGCGAGUCCGAAUGCGGCGCUUCUGCCGUUCACCCCUCAGCAGCUCGAGUUGCGGCGUAAAGCUGCGUACUUGCUCGGAGCUUUUCUGUGUCGGGCGCGCGCGCAGCGAGAGCAGAUGGAGAGCGUGGAAGCCGCCGUUCUUCUGCAGCUCAAACGUCACCUUCUGCAUCCUCAGAGCAGCCUGGAGACCGUCCUCGGCGCGGUCUGGGGCAUCCUUGCCCUAGGACGACCUGCGACGCUUCUGCUGCUGCUCCCCGUCCUCCCUCUGCUACUCCACACUCUGGAACGCGCUCGCAGUUUCGGCGAACUGGAAGUAGUCGCUACAUCUGCAGCUCGCCGGCUAGCCACGCAACGAGACGAGAGACAGGCCAGUGCCGCAGCGGACCGGGCGGACCCUUCCGGCGUCUUUGCUGGACCUUGUUCUCUGAAAAGCGCCGAUGCGUCUGCGCUGCAGCAGCAGCAGAGUCUCGCCGCGUUGCGCAUGCUCCUCAUCGACACUCUGCUGCAGACACUGCUGAGUUGCGUCUACGAGGAGCUCAGUCUGCAACUGACUGCCGCGACUACGGGGUCCGCAGCCUUCCUGCUGCCUGGCGAGGGCACAGCGAAGUCUCUGGGCGUCUCUGCUUCAGCUCUUCUUCAACUCAUGCAAGUGCUCUACGACGACUCUCGCUCUCUCAGCGACUCGUACACCCCAGUCGUGGCUGCGGCUUUCCAGCGUGCAUGCGCAGCUCCGCGCUUGGCACGGCCUGCCCCGCCCGCGUCGCCCUGCCUCCCAGAAGCUCCGGAGACCGCAGCUGGAGCACCCUGGGAACCUGAAAGAAAGCUUCCCCUGUCCUCGCUCUCUUCUUCUUCGUCUUUGCCUUCUUCUCUGGAGAGAAAGGAAGUUGGUGAGUUCGUCGUCAACUGUGUCCUUCCGUCGCUGCAUGCAAUGGAGGCGUCGCUCGACGCGCAAAGGAGCGGUGGGAGGGCCGCGGGGCCUCGCGAGGCAGGCGAGAGAGAAGGCCGGCAAAAAACGGGGGAGACAAAACGUCUCCACGAACGUAUUGACAGGGAUCUGACUCGAGACGCCAGCUACUUGCUGACGUGGAGCAUUUGAAGCGUUUGGUUCAAACUGCAUGUGUGUCGCACCGAGCAUGCAGACGCGCAGACGCGCAGUUCAGUCGCUCUCAAAAAGUUGUUUCGACGAAAAACCUGUCCCCGCAGAGUCUCGGAGCUCUGCAGCGUUCGCGAGUGUGAACAGCAAACGCAGGAAUGGGGUGCUUUAGAGGGAAGGAGACGAAGCAGUACCCUGUGUGUGAGAGUGGAUAACGAAGGCAGAGAGAACUAGAGAACGCUUAGGCAAGACAGAAGCGAGGACGCAGUCACGUCGCGCGUGAGGGGCUUCUGAGCGGCCAGAGAGAACUCGGUCAGCUCCACAUUUCCAAGUCUUGACUCUCUUAAAUUCUCACUUUUUUUUUCACCACAUAUAAACCGAAACAUCGCGCUGUUUGCACGGAAACGGAGACCCUCAGGUGGUGGACAUACAGGAGACACGGACACUGGAGACGCUUGGAUUUCUGUGAAGGCCUUGCAUGCGCUGCCCCGACAAAAAGCUAAAAACGGUCCCAGAAACGCGUUGUGGGAGCACACAAGACACUUGCAGACAGAACCGAGAGGCAACCUUCCCUUUAGUAACCGUUGUCGCGGAAAAAGGACGAGCUCGUUGUCACUUUAGCGUCUCCUGAAAUGCCAGCUUCUUCCCUCCCCUUCUCCGCACCACUCAGCCGCCCGACAUCCGCAGGGGCACGCGUCUGU